AUCGCUCUUUUCUGUGUCCCCAGGGACACCAUCUUCUAGCCCCUGGCAGACUGCUUUUGUGAGCUGUUUUUCUCAUCUUGUAACUCUUAUUUUCAUGAAGAGAUUAAAAACCAAUGUAAGAGGCUGCCUAGGACAGGAAGGUGCUCCACAGUGCAUGUAGACCUUGAGUUGAAAGAUCCUCCACCAGCGUCCACCAGAGCCUGCUUCUUCUGGAUUCCAGUGUAUACUGAAGACCAACUGAGAAAUUCAGCCUCAAGACUGAAGAACUAUUAGAUUCUUGGACUUUCCACUGGUAGACAGUUAUUGUUGGACUAGCUGGACUAUAGCCUAGAACCCUGACUAAUACAAGGCCUGCUCCUGGGCCAUGCAUUGCCUUUGAAGGUCUGUGCAGCUAGCUAUCUUCCAGUAAGGAAACUGGGAAGUAAUUGGUGGGUAGAGUGGGCAGGACAAGGAUCAAAAGAAAGGCUGUGAGAAACAGGGCAUAAGGAAAGAAAGGCCCCUGGAAGAGAGAUACUCUCAAGGUGUCUGCAAUCCAGGACUGAGAUGGAAACAGGGAUGCUGUGAGCUCAGGAGCACAGCACAUUGACUAUGUCCCCUCAGGACUUAGGCUUUCUUUCCCUCUGCUUCCCAGGUACAUCCAACCACUCCCCAAACUGGUCCUGCAACAGACCCUUACUCCUGGGUGAGCAGCUGGUCCUGGUUUGCCCAGAGCUUUCCCAGUUUGGGCAGAGCAAGUCCUGUGGUCUGGACCCAGCUAAGCCCCAGGCAGAGCAGGAGGGACCAUUGCCAGAAAACAAGGAAAGAAUUGUGUCUCUUGGUGAUGCUGGGGGUUGGGAGCAUCCUCUAGUACUAGGUUCCCAAAGAACCUCAGACAGCCAUUCAGUAGGAAAUAACUGACCCGCUUAGUUAACUGUUCUUGUGGGUACACAGCCCACUUUCAUUCUGCCUGUGGGCUGAAGGAAUUGGUGGCAGUGUCCAUGUGAUCACAUUACAUGUACUCAGGGUCUUUCUUCUUUGGGUCAUUUAGAACUAUCUGAAGUAUGUAUGUGUGACUCCAGCAGCUCUUUCUCUUAGGCUUAGUGUUCCUUUCUACAAGAUGCUGUGUUUGGUGUUGCAUGUUAUAUUCAAAUCCAACUCUUUGUAUAUUUUCCCUUCUAGAAACAAAAAAUGGAAAUCCUUCAGACAGGUGUGAAAGGUAUCUUCCCCACAGACAGAAAGAAAGAUGGCUGCAUCCCAGGGUCACCACCACUGAGGAUCCUCCUGGUGGGCAAAUCUGGCUGCGGGAAAAGCGCCACAGGGAACAGCAUCCUCUGCCGACAAGCAUUCGAGUCCAGGCUCGGAGCCCAGUCAGUGACCAGGACCAGCCAGGCAGAGGUGGGCACAUGGAAGGGAAGGAGCUUCCUAGUGGUGGACACGCCUCCCAUCUUUGAGUCAAAGGCCCAGAACCAAGACAAGGACAUUGGAGACUGCUACCUGCUGUGUGCCCCAGGCCCCCAUGUACUGCUGUUGGUGACCCAGCUGGGACGCUUCACAGCCCAGGACACCACAGCCGUGAGGAGGGUGAAGGAGAUCUUCGGGGCGGGAGUCAUGAGGCACAUGAUCAUCCUCUUCACACACAAGGAAGACCUGGCCAAUGAGACCUUGGAUGAGUUUGUGACCCACACUGACAACCACAGCCUGCGCAGCCUGGUCCAGGAGUGUGGGAGGAGGUACUGUGCCUUUAAUAACAGGGCCUCUGGGGAAGAGCAGCAGGGACAGCUGGCAGAGCUCAUGGCCCUGGUGAGGGGGCUGGAGCAGGAGUGUGAGGGCUCCUUCCACAGCAAUGACCUCUUCUUUCAUGCCCAGGAGUUCCUUAGUGGUGGCAACAUUGAGCGCCAGGAAGCCUACAGGUGCUACCUGGUCAAAGUGAGGCAGGAGGUAGAGAGGCAGAGGCGGGAGCUGGAGGAGCAGGAGGGCAGCUGGGCCCUCAAGGUGCUUCUCAGGGGCUCAGAGUGUAUGGCUGCACACUUUUGGACCUGUGCUGCUUUUGCAUUGUCAAUACUAAUCUUCCUUGUUAUUAUUUUGCUCAUAAUUUUUAAUGUUUGAUGCUCUGUACUUCAUAGAUAUUUCUAAAGUGUCAUGUCAGGAUGCUUUGCCAUAAACAUCACCUUCAGAAAACCACUCUCUUGUUCUGUGAGGCACUGCGGCUCUGAGCCUCUUCUGUUUCCCCUUUAGGAUUCUGGUUUGGAUUAUGCAGAGCUCAGGGAGCCUGCAGAGUAGGAGCAGGAAGGAUCAGAGGAACCAGAGGGGUCAGGGACACCAACAGAGAGAACAUAGCCCACAUAAUCAACUGACCAGGAUUCAUGGGGGCUCACAGAGAUCAGGGAGCCAGUAGGGGUCUGACCUAGGUUCCCUGCAUGUAUGUUAUGGCCCAGUAGUUUGGUGUUCUGUGGGACCCCUAACAGUGGGGGUGGGGGGGCUGUCUCUGACUCUUUUACCUACUGGGUUACCUCAUCCAGCCUUAAUAGGAUAGUAUGUGUCUUGUCUUAUUUCAGCUUGUUAUGCAGUGUUUGGUUGAUGCCCCUAGGAGGCCUGCUCUUUUCUGAGGGAGGCGGGAGGGUGGAUC